AUGCCUGCUACCGCUGGAGCGUACCGGCGUUCCGCCCCUUUCUCAAAAGAUGAAACCGUCCCUUCAGAUAUGAAUAUCCCGGAUAAUUAUGUUCAACACACCCUAUUGACCACGAAGCCUCUCCCUCCUGUAACGAUCCAUAAUUGGUGGAAGGAGCUGAACUAUAUAAGCUGCUUCUUUAUUUUCGUUACACCAUUGGUCGCAGUCUAUGGCGCCGUAACGACUAGUCUCCAAUCAAAGACGGCUUGGUUUGCCCUCUUCUGGUACUUUGUAACUGGAUUGGGGAUCACGGCCGGCUACCACCGGCUAUGGGCCCACCGAGCAUACAACGCCUCAAAACCUCUCGAGUAUUUCUUGGCCCUUGCUGGUGCCGGUGCUGUACAAGGCUCGAUCAAGUGGUGGUCUCGUGGGCAUCGUGCGCACCAUCGCUACACUGACACCGAGCUUGAUCCAUACAAUGCUCAUCUGGGAUUCUUCUGGUCUCAUAUCGGCUGGAUGAUAUUCAAGCCUCGUCGCAAACCCGGUGUGGCUGACGUAUCGGAUCUUGCCAAGAACAAGGUGGCUCAGUGGCAACAUCGGUGGUACUUGUGGUUGAUACUCACCAUGUCGUUUGGGAUUCCCACUGCCGUUCCUGGUUUGCUCUGGGGUGACUGGCGCGGAGGGUUCUUUUACGCUGGCGUCGCACGGCUGUGCUUCGUUCAUCAUUCCACCUGGUGUGUCAACUCUCUCGCACAUUGGCUGGGCGAGAGGUCCUUCGACGAUAAACACACUCCAAGGGACCACCUUAUUACCGCGCUCGUCACAAUUGGUGAAGGAUACCACAACUUCCACCACCAAUUCCCUAUGGACUAUCGAAAUGCCAUCAAAUGGUAUCAGUACGACCCGACUAAGUGGUUUAUUGCCGCUAUGUCUUGGUUAGGGCUCGCAAGCCAGUUGAAAGUAUUCCCGGAUAACGAAGUUAAGAAGGGACAAAUGACGAUGGAACUCAAGAAACUCAAGGAGAGGGCUGAUAAGAUCGAAUGGCCUAAGACCUCGAACGAUUUACCUGUGAUUGGAUGGGAUGAGUUCCAAGCACACGCCAAAAAGCGAAACCUUGUUCUUGUUUCCGGAUUUAUUCAUGAUAUCACCUCGUUUAUGGAUGAGCACCCUGGUGGCCGGCAUCUCUUGUCCAAAAAUAUUGGCAAGGAUGCUACAGCCGCAUUCUGGGGAGGUGUGUAUGAACAUUCCAAUGCAGCGCAUAACUUGUUGGCCAUGAUGCGUGUAGGCGUCCUUCGGGGCGGCCUUGAAAUCGAGUCUGAGAGGGCAAUUCCUCCGUCACAAAAACUAAGAGUUGUUUCCCAUUCCGAACUCGUUGCACUCGUUUCGCCGAGUGGUACUUCUUCUGAUAUCAGGGCCACUCAAGAUCAUUCCCCGCCUAUCUAUUUCGACAGUGAAAAUGGGCUUGUAUUUGGUGCCUCCAGUGCAAGCGAGGACGAGUCCCCCAAGACUCCUGCUUUGGAAGAAACGAAGUUCGAAUUCCCGUCAAAAUAA